GAUUUGCCUCGUAUAUUAAGCAAAAUUCAAACGCACAUAUCUCACCUACGUUUUAGUCGCUAAUUGGCUUUAAUAGAUAAAUUAGGAAUAUUUACCAGUAGCCCCUUCAAUCGAGAUACGUAACUGACAAAGUUAAUAUUCAAAGAAAAAUAUUUUUCAACAGAUCACCGUCAUUAAACCUCGACAAGACAAAAAAUCAUCGUACUUGAAAAGAAACGUGAUAUAAAGUUGUUUCUCACAUUGGUAGUGUUUAUAGUUUAGUCUAUGACGAUAACUAUCUAAUGAAAAUAAAUCAUUUUUAAUAAUUUGUGGGAUGAACUUUGUGAAAAAGUGAUUUGGUGAUUGUACGAUCAUGUUGACUUCCGGAGAAGAUGUUAGUAAAAACCCUAAUGGAGAUAACACAAACAUUCGUAGAAGACGAACCGGUGUAUAUAAAAUAUCAUCAGCUUCGGAAGGUUUUCUAUUCAAGGACAACAGCAUUCUUAGUACAUUGAAUAUUGGAAAGAGAAAAAUAUCCGAAGAAAUUUUGCCACCUGGUAGCCCUGGCAUCUUCCGGCAAAAAGCUACAACAUGCGAUCACUUAUCUUUCACUGGAUACGCUAGAGUGGCAAAGCAGUCAUUCGGUAACCUUCUGUCAAGAAAAAUGGCGACCUCCUCAAGUCAGACUGCAGUGCCUUGGCCGAAUACCAAAGAUGAUUACGAACUGGGAAAAGUUAUCGGAGUUGGCGCAACUGCAGUUGUUCAUGGCGCCUUAUGUAAACCCAGAAACGAAAAAUGUGCCAUUAAACGUAUAAAUUUAGAAAAAUGGAAUACAUCGAUGGAUGAACUCCUAAAAGAAAUCCAAGCUAUGAGUAGUUGUAAUCAUGAAAAUGUCGUCACUUACUAUACCAGUUUUGUUGUAAGGGAAGAAUUAUGGCUUGUCUUAAAACUAUUAGAAGGUGGCAGUUUGUUAGAUAUAAUCAAACACAAAAUGAGGGCAACCAAUUGUAAACAUGGAGUGUUUGAUGAAGCAACUAUCGCCACUGUUCUGAAAGAAGUUUUAAAGGGAUUGGAAUAUUUCCAUAGCAAUGGACAAAUUCAUAGGGACAUAAAAGCUGGUAACAUUUUAUUGGGUGAAGACGGUACUGUCCAAAUUGCUGAUUUUGGAGUUUCCGCCUGGCUGGCUACAGGUCGAGAUAUAUCCAGGGAGAAAGUUAGGCAUACUUUUGUUGGUACACCCUGUUGGAUGGCUCCAGAAGUAAUGGAACAGGAUCAUGGUUACGACUUUAAGGCUGAUAUUUGGUCAUUUGGUAUCACAGCUAUAGAAAUGGCUACCGGUACUGCACCUUAUCAUAAAUAUCCCCCUAUGAAAGUGCUUAUGUUGACUCUUCAAAACGAUCCACCCAGUCUUGAUACAGGAGCUUCUGAAAAAGAUCAAUAUAAGGCAUAUGGUAAAACUUUUAGAAAACUAAUAACGGAUUGUCUUCAAAAAGAACCUGGAAAAAGGCCCACCGCGGCCGACUUAUUAAAACAUGCCUUUUUUAAAAAGGCAAAGGAUAAAAAGUAUCUUCAGUCAACGUUAGUAGCAAUAGGACCCAGUUUAGAAACCAGGGUGCAAAAGGCGUCUAAACGGCAACCUGGUGCUUCCGGACGUUUGCACAGGAAAGAAACGGGAGAGUGGGUUUGGUCUAGUGAAGACGAAGAUGGCGGAUCGAGUGAUAGCGACAACGAUAUUAAGCCUAUGAAUACUUUAGUAUCAGUAGGAUCGUCAGGUUCGGAUCACGAUGAACCUAGCGAAAUUGGCGACCCACCACCGGUGAAUCUGGUUCUUAGGAUGAGAAAUGCGAAAAGGGAAUUGAAUGACAUUAGGUUCGAAUUUGCUGUUGGUAAGGAUUCUGCUGAAGGUAUAGCUAGUGAAUUAGUUGGUGCCGGUCUAGUAGAUGGCAAAGAUAUUAUGGCUAUCACGAUAAACUUGCAGAAAUUAAUCGAACAGAGGAGUACUGUGAAAGUAGUCACGUUCGCUUUGAAUUCGCCUUUACAUCCCAACGAAGUUCCAGAUGACAAAGCCCUGGUAGGGUUCGCCCAAAUUUCCAUAAUGGACUGAAACAGACUGGUUUUUCCCCUCUCUUGAUGCAUACCAUUUUCUUUUCUGGAAUUUACUGAUCAUUGUGUACAUACUGUAGAUAGGUUUUAUAAAAUAUAUUAUGUUAGUUCGAUUUUAUGUUUCGUAAACCGAAAAGGUCAAUACAUCCAUUUAAAAUUCUGAAAAUUAAAACCUCGAUUUCGUAUUUUUUCGGAUACUUAGGGUAUUUUAAAAUCGAAUGCAAUUUUUUCAAAACUGUAAAAUGUAGAUUAGCUACUUGGCAACCCGUUUUGUAAGUACAAACAUAAGACACGCCUCAAAACAAGUCUGAAUCGAAUAAAAAAAAAAUGAUAUUGAAUCGUUUAUUGUUAAAAUGUCAAAAUUUCAAUUAUUUAUUAUAUUUUGUAAUUUAAUUCAACGAGACGAGAUGUAUCAAAAAUGUAAUUACUCCCAGUAUAAAGUAUUUUCCAUAAUUAUAGUCAAUUUUUUUAUAAUUUUUAUCCAUGAAAAUAGAAUACUAUAAUUAAUUUUCCCAUUUCAGAAAUUAAUUAAAUAGUGGUGAGACAGCUCCUAUUACGACAAUUUCUUUUCUUCUGCCUGCUGUUUUCUAUUGGUUUCGAUAUUAUAGCUCAUCUUCCAGUUUCGAAGUUCUAAUGAUUUUCAGAAUUUGUACUUGUUUUAAGGACGUUAGAUCUUUGUUCCUAGAGGAAUCUUGUCUGUAACAGGAAUUAGAUAAUCUAGAGGUUUCUCUUCCUCAAGGGGUAUUGGUUGUUUUGGAUUAAAUUAAAAUAUCUUUUGGAUAUAACGAUAUAAAAGUUCUGAACUUUGUAUAUUGAUUUAGGCAUUAUUGGAAGGUUAUAUUUUCAUUUCCAGGCAUCUGUCAAUUCUAAGUAUUAGUUCCUGAUCUUUUUUGAAAAAUCUUUGUUUUAAUUAAUGGUAUAUAUUUUGAAAAUUUGUAUGGUGUUACCUAUAGGUUUUUAUUCCUCACAAAAUCUACCAGGUUUUAUUUUUCUGUUUUUUAAGUAUAUCAGUCAUAUGUUUGUGAGUUAUAUCUUACCAGGAGGCACCUGAGCUUCUUAAACUAUUUACUUGUGAUUGCAAAACACUGUGUUUUAAUCUAUUGCAGAUUUCAAAUGAUGAGCAACGAUUGGUUUAAAUAAAUGUCGGUUCAUAACAAUAAACGAAUCAUUAUUUUAAUGGAAAAUACAUAUCUAGUUUUGAAUGUCAAAAUUUUACAUCGAAAGUUGUGAUCAAAGUCUCUUCUUAUUUUUUGUUUGUUUUUAUGUAUUAUUUUAAUUUAUAUUUAUGCAAAAACCGUGUAUGAAAUAAUGCUAUAAAUUGUAAUUAAUAAUUUUUAGGUGUAUUCCAAGUAUGAAAAUAGUUUGUCAUGUCAUAUAAUUUCCAGAUAAAUGUUGCUACAAUAGUCUUAUAGACACCAUUGCAAGAUAGGGAAAAUCUUUGAUCCAGAAUAAAUGCUGAUCAAUUUUCAGCAAAAGUCUAAAGACUUAUAAUUAAUUUUUUUGAUUCUGUGGUUAAUGAGUAAACAUUAGGGAGAUAUACGAUAAAAGCUGGAAGGAAUUAAAAUAAUUGAGAACUUUUCAGUGUAGAGUGUAGAAAUUGUCAUAUGGAAUGUUUUAAUUCCCUGUAGGGUUGAAUAUUGGAAAUUUUUAUAUGGGUCAGAGUCAAGAAUUGAUCUUGUAUGAGUCAUUUUUGGUAAAACUAGCAAUCUUCAUGACACUAUGGGAAGGCAAAGAAUCUGGUCAAUUUUCUAAAGUAGUUUGAGAAUUUGUAUUUUAUUGGGUCAAUCCUUAAUGGGUAAAGGUUAGAAAAAUAAUAGAGACUCUAUUGAAAUAGAGGAGUACUUUUUGGUCAAUAAUUUUGAUACAGUUUGGGAAUUAAAGAUCAUGGUAAGGAAUUUGGAAUCUUGUAGAUACCAUGAAAAGGUAGUGAAAGCAAAGGAUAUUUGGUCCAGGACAGUGUUGCUCAAUAUUUUACUCGAGCUUAAAGAUUUGCAAAGAAUUUUACCGGUUAUGUCCUUAGAGGAAAAUAAUAAGGAAGAAAAAUGAUAGAGGGUUAAACUGAUUGAAGUAAAAAAGUACUUUUUGGUCUAGGGGGUUGCGAUUCAGUUUGAGGGUGAAAGAUGGGAACGUCUCAACGGUUAAAAAAGUCGAUGAUUGAUAAUUUUCUAGCCAGAUGAUGGUAAAGAAUAUGGAAGCUUGUAGAUAUUAUGGCAAAAUUGAAAUAGAAGAGUACUUUUUGGUAUAGAUUUGUGAUUCAGUUUUAACGAAUGAAAGACUCUAUAAUUGACUUUUUUGGGGGUUGACAAGAUAGGAAAAGUAAUGAGUCUUUGGUCUGCUCAAUUUUCUACGAAUUUCACUCAUUGUCCUUAAUAGGUGAAGCUAAUGGAGAAAAAAGGUACAGUUUGGAAGCAUGAAAUUUGUCGUUUAUGUGAGAAUUUUUUCAGUUUGGGUUAAAAAAUGAGACGGUUCAAUGAACAAAAAAGUUGAACCGGAUGAUUGUGAGGAAAUUGAGAACAAAUAUUGCUCAAUUUUCUUCGUGAAUUAGAAGAUUUACAUAGAAUUUUACUGAUUUUAUCCUUACUUAGUAAAUAAAUUGAAGUAGUGGAGUAUUAUUAGGUGUGGAGUGUUGAAAUUUGUCUUUUAUGUGAGCUUACUUUACCAUAAUUAUGUUUUUUUAUUCAGUUGUUCUUAAAAUAUAGAUGGAAGGAUUGAUAACUUAUAUUUACUAAGCCGAAUUAUGGUCUAGAACAUGGAAUUUUGUAUUCAUCAUUGAAAAAUAUGGAAAGCGUGGAAUCUUUGCUCCAGGAGUAGUGUCUUCAUUAGAAACGAUACAAAUUAAUAAUGGAUAGAUCAUACUACUAAUAAUCACCUUUAAACAAUAGAAAUAAAUUCUAAAGAAUGUUGCUGUCACAUCAUGCCAUACUGUUUUCAUACGAAACAAUUUUUUUAACAAACUUUUUUUAUUCAACAUUUCCAAGUUAGUUGCUCGAGGUGUUGUUUUUAUGAAUAUUGUAUAAAAAUCUUAGUUGCCAAACGUUAUUUUUAUCUACUAUGCAGAUAUAAACUCUUUAUUAUAUUGCUGACAAUAAAUAUUUGCCUAAAACGCUAAA